CACGGGGACAGGGAGACACGGGGACAGGGAGACACGGGGACACGGGGACAGGGAAACACGGGGAUCACGAGGACAAGGAGACGGAGACUCGCCUGCCUCGCGAUGGGACCUCGCACCGCGUGGAUGUUCGUCUUGUACGGCUCCUGCUCUCUUCUUGCCUUCACCGCAGGGCAGAAUCUGAGUUCGUGUUGCGCCUCGGGGAGAAUGCGCGCGGCUGGCGAGGGCCAGUGCUCGCAGAACGUGAGAGGAACCGCGGGUGCUGAGGACGACCCGUGCAGCGUCACGACGUUGCUGUGCUGCCUGGCCUCUGUGCGGAGAGCGGCGUGCGAGCUCGGGAUGGAGCUGGCGACACGCGGCGGCGAGACGUGCAACGCCAGCGAAGGCUGCCAGUCCUGCUGCAGCUGCUGCCGCCUGGGCAAGCAGGCCCAAGGCCUGGGCCUGGCUUGCGCGGCCCUGCCCGGCCUGGGCUCGCUGUGCGGGCAGGCGUUCGAGGCGUGCUGCCGUGGUGGGGACCGCCUGCCCCCCGUGCGGUUCGACGAACUGAGCGUGGAGGGUGGAAGCCGCGUCGCCGAAGCAACCAGGGCCCCAUCGCUCACCGCGCUGCGGACUGCCGCCCCCCUGCAAGGGAACGGACGCAGGGUGGAGCAGGAAAGCCGCUCGGGGGAUGUCGUGCGGCUGCCCUUGAACCCAUGCAAAGGGCCCCCUCGCUGCGACCACAAGUGCGAGGACGUGCGCGGGGCGGCCGUCUGCUCGUGUCUCCCGGGGUUCCAGCUGCAGGCCGACGCCAGGACCUGCGUGGAUGUGAACGAGUGUGCGGCGGUGCCAGCGCCGUGCCCGCAGGACCACCGCUGCGUCAACACGCUGGGCUCCUUCGCCUGCCAGCAGGACAGCGCCACGUGCGGGCGGGGAUUCCGUGCCAGCCCCGACGGCUCCCAGUGCCUCGACGUGGAUGAGUGCUCGUGGGGGGCAGGCCGCCCGUGCGGCCCCGCGCGCCUCUGCGUUAACACGGCCGGCGGCUUCCGCUGCGACUGCUUGCCGGGGUUCGCCUACGAAGGCAUCGGCGGGCUGUGUGUCGAUGUGAACGAGUGCAGGCAGUACCCUGGACGCCUCUGCGCGCACAGCUGUGAGAACACCCCAGGAUCCUACUACUGCACCUGCAGCCUGGGUUUCCGAUUGGCUGCCGAUGGGAGGAGUUGUGAAGACGUGAAUGAGUGCGAGGGCAACCCAUGCUCGCAGGAGUGUGCCAACGUGUACGGCUCGUACCAGUGCUACUGCCGUCGCGGAUUCCGUCCCAGCGAGAGCAACCCCAGGGCCUGUGAAGACAUUGACGAGUGCACGCUGUUCUCCGGCGGGAACCUGUGCACCCACCGCUGCCUCAACUCAAUCGGCAGCUUCCAAUGCACCUGCCCCGAGCCGGGCUAUACCGUGGCCAACGGCGGCCGCGGCUGUCAAGACAUCGACGAGUGUGCCACGCACAGGCACAACUGCUCGGCCACAGAGACGUGCUUCAACGUGCAGGGCGGAUUCCGGUGCCUGUCCUUCCGGUGCCCCCCCAACUACCGCCACAUGGGCGAGAGGGCGGACCCCCGCAAGACCGAGUCACUCCGCUGCCUGAAGCUCGACUGUGCCGUGACGGACGGCGCCUGCUGGACCGACCCCGUGAGCGCCAUUUCCUUCACCUUCAUCUCGCUGCCGGCGUACCCCGACCUGCAGGCACCAGAAGGUGUGAUUUACCUGCGGGUGGCGUCGCCCGCCAUCCCCACGGCGACGGAGCUGGACGUGUCGUUCCGCAUCACGGAGGGGAACGAGCUGGGGCUGUUCGACGUCAUCAAGACGGAGGAGAACGGCGUCUCGACGGGCAAGGUGCGGCUCCUGCGCUCAGUGACGGGGCCCGUGUCCACCGUGCUGCGGCUGGAGAUGGACUACCAGCGGGGGAGGGCGCUAUCGCACCGCAACGUGGUCUACGCGCAUGUCUACCUCUCCCCCUACUGGUUCUGAGGUCCCGGGGUGCGACGAUCGCCGUCCCCCCCACCGCCCCACCUCCCCCUCGACGAUGGUGAUGAUGAUCCGUAAUAGAGGUUUUCUUCUGGUUAGAUCGUUGUAAAUAUGAGUGUCGUUAAACCCGCCACCACCCGACACAGGCAAUUGGUAAGGUUUGUCACGUAACAAAACGUGCCAAUUGGUUACUAGUUCAGCACACCGGUGCGUUGGAGAGUAAACCCACAUUUACAAUUCGAGUACCACGACGUUUCAUGAUGAUGUCGAACAGAGGAAUAGCGAUGACGAUAUUAACCCUUUCCCCUUCUGAGACAUCUGCAAGUUUUGUAGGGUGGGCGUCCCGUUUACCGCUGAAUCGUAGAGCACGCAAGCGGCUCAGCGUCUAUUUUAUUUAGAGAGGCGUAGCGCCGUUGUUUUUUUAAAGACAUUGUACUCACUGCAGAGAAGUGUAGCAACACAACCGCACUCUAUGAUAGUUGGCGUCAAACUGUGCCACACGCCCUCCCACGUGGCCUUGUCGGAGCCUCGGUACCGAUAAAGUUAUUUUAUUUUUUUCUUCCGGUUUCGUUUUGAUGAUGCACAUGAACGUCAUCGGAACAGAAUCAGAAAAGCAAAUGACAUAAAACUACAAUGAUUUUAAAUUAGACGUUUAAAUAUACAUUCGCUCGUUAUGUAUGUACGUAUGUUGAACUUCUCUCGUACCGCACGUAGCCAACUGUGAUAACCAGAGGUGCUCCAUGGGGAAGACAACAAACUACAGGAGUCGGCCUCAAUGAGACCGGGGAUGACACCGAUGGUUGGAGUCGUGAUAUUGGCGGCGGCCUAGCGUGGAGAAUAUUUGAGGGUGCAAAACAUUCAUUAGUCAGAGGGAUAUACGCCCCCGUUGCGCGGAACUGCUCCGCGUAUGAUAGGCAAGUUUCCUUACCCUCCUCUGUCGAGCCAACAGAAUAAACGGGUUCGCCCGCGGUCAGUCGCUCGGCAGGCCGCGCGCCAAACCAAGAAGAGUAGGCCAGUAAUACCCCCGUAGAGUCCAGAAGAUGCUCCCCUCUGGUUACGAGAGGACCUUCCGUCGGCAGGUGGCGUAAGCGUGCAGUUCCGGGGCUGCGCUUUAUCCUUUAACUUUUACCCUCCCAUCCCGACGCGCCCCCCUCCGCCACCGACCAUACUUGUGCGCCAGCCCGGGACGGGGUGUAAACUGUUACAGCUGGGGCUUGGCCGUAACAAUUUCCGCCGCUCAGUUUUCGGCGAUGACAGCAGAGGCUGCCGGCCGUGUGUUGACGCGCGGUGAACGGCGAAGUAGUUUUUUUUCUUCCCGCCAAAAAAAUAUACAUAACCGGGGAAGGAAGGAGAAACGCCACGCUCGGAGGGACCCCCCCCCCCCCUUCCCCCCCCUACUUGUGAAUAUCUCGGGCGCCAAGUGACGACGGCGUUGUUGUUACAGCUCGCUGUGGGCGAGACGACAGCGGAUUUCAAAAUAAUAACGGCCCGGCACGUGAAAACUUCGCCGAAUUCCAAAAUACGCCGUGCGUCAAAGGGUGCAGAGCGCGUUCAUCGCGAGCACAUUUUCUGUGAUCACGGUUGCCUAAAGGCCCACGAAUGCCAACUGCCCAGCAACGGAUGGACGGCACUAUUAAACCAUUUUUUAUUUUACCAGUUGAAGCCCACUGAGCUGUUGGCUCUCGUUUUAGAGGCGGCCUGGCCACGCAUGAUAGCUCACCGUAGCGACUGAUAUCGUCACAUGCGGAAAUGUAUAGUCAUAGCCGAAUAGUAACAUAAUAAUCUAAACUCGUGUUUUUGUUAAACGUGGCAGGGGGGUGGGGGAAACCGGAGGUACUAGGAGAUAAAUCCACGCGACCACCACGGGGAGAGAGAGAACAAGCAGGCUUCAAAUAUACAACAGGCAUCGUCAGGGUCCAGGAUCGAACCCACGACCUGCAUGCGAGGAGAGCGAGAUCACAUCUCAUUGCGUACGUACGUCGAAUUUCCUUUCGCGCCAUACGUAGCCACAAGUGCUAAUCGGAGGUGCGAGAAAAUGUGCCUCCCUCACAUAUUUGUUGUACCUCCACAGAAAAAAACUUUAAAAUUAUGUACUCAUCCCAUCAGCGGACACGGCCUUCUGGAAAGUACAUCAUAAAUUCAGCAGUUCUGGACCGGUUUCGACCGGGCGAAGGCGACAACACGUUCCUUGAAUUUAACAUGAACUUGGGAAAAGGUAGUCAAGGAGGAGGAGGAGUGUUGUGCCCUGUGGUGCGGUGGUGGAUGAGGUGAAACGGUCCGGUAGGCCGAGUUCUCAACACAGCUGGAAGGAAUCAUUUGAGUGAAGUCCAUGGGAACGGUAACCAUGGUAGUAGCUAUAGCGGAGUGACAAAGGAGCCGAACCAUAUACUAAAACUAUAUAUCCGUGUAAUUCUAACAAAAUAUAAUUUACACUGCAAUUAACAAUACAUAUAUAAAGCGUAUGGUAAGUUAUGAACCGUUGUAGCUGCUUGUAUGGACCGAGUGUUCACGCGACGCGUUGGGUGGACUUUGCAGUCUCGGGACCUUGUGACACGGGGACCGUCUUCGCCGGGGGUUCUCACUCCAGAUUGGAACCAUGGUGGGGGGGGGCGGGAGGGGGCAUGAACUAACGUAAAGGGGGGCACGCCCACACAACCCCAUGAGGGACGUACGUUCGUGCGUUGAACUUCGUUCUCACUGUACGUAGCCAGCCGUGCUAUUUGGGAGGUGCAGAAGGGAAUGGACAACAAGUGAGAGUCGAGGAGAUGGAGCGGCGGGGUCUCAACAGUGCAACCGCCGUGUUUGCGUCUGGCAGGAGGAAGGAAGCGAUGGCGAUGUGCGGAGACAUCCACGGUUAUGGCCACACCGACCUCUCUAACUUGAACGCGAAUGCCUCCCCCAGCUUUCCUCUGAUUUGGGGGGCACCGGAGCGGAGGUGGUGCUGUUAAUUUCGGGGGGGGGGGGGGACGGAGCCAUGGGUCCUUGUUUUCCACCAGGGACAAUGGGUUUUUUUUCCCCCGAGAAGCUGUGUUUUUGGGUAGCGGUGUGUGCGUCCCAGUCAACCCAUCAUGACAUCUGGGUCUGUCCGCGUGACCUCCUGCCACGGAGCCUUCGACGCUUCACGUGGCCUCAACGUGCACCUAGCCUGGCACAAACGCCGCGGCGAUGUAAGCGUCACUCGGUGGCGAACCGCGGCUGUUGCUGCACGAUCAGAAUAGGCCCCGGUGUAAGGGGUGAAACGUGGCCCCCUCGGUGCAAUUAACCGCUGCCGCCCCAUCCCCGCUCCACCGCCCGCCACCCCAGCGUCUGGACCGCGGCAGCCCCUAAGCGCCCCUGCGCGGUUGCGCCGCCUGCACACUCGAAAAGCUGCGCCGCGGAUUUUGGGCAACGGUUGUUGUGCACCGACAGUGCCAACGCUGGGCCCCCGUUGGGCUCCUUGGCCAGUACCGCUUUGCAGAAUGUUUCUCCACUUUGUAGACAAACUCAAGACAAUCGUGAAUGUAGUGUUGUUUAUAGAGAGACUCUUAAAAGGUCAGCUAGGCGUACGGCCGUUUGUAAGCAUUGUUUUGAUUAUCUGGCUUUUUUUUUCGAAAGAAGGAAGUGUUGCUUUAAAUUUGUUUGUUAUUAAGCUUGCUUUUACCCAGGAAAGUGAUUCUCAAAUGUUUGUUUUUCAAGAUAAUUCACGUUUUUCACACACGGGGGGGCGAUGUUGCUGUUGUAAUCCCACUUGAGUAGUUUGUCGGGAAUGUUUUUUUUUGUUACAUUGGGAUGUUUUACCAAUACCAGUUAAUACUUAACUAUUUUAAUAUUACCAGUUAAGGCCCACUGAGCUAUGCAGCUCUGUUUUCAGAAGCGACCUUGCUACGCGUGAUAUUGUUCCUAAAUGUAGAGAGGAAAACCGGAGGACCAGACCACGGGGAGGACAUGCUCCAAAUAUACAGCAGCAGGCGUCAGGGUCAGGAUUGAACCCACGACCUCCUGUGUAACAGGCUAGGGAGUUAACAUCUCCUAGCCACCGCGGCGCCUCUUACGUUGAGUGUUUUAUUAGCUAUGGGAAGGAACCAAAACACCGGAGGAAAUCCAUACAGAACGGAGGGAGAAUCAAACCCAGGCCCCUCUUGCUGUGAGUCACAAGUGUUACCGCAUCGCCGCCAUGCCGCCCAAUGUGAGCAGGACCUCUCUUGGAAAUACAUCUUGAGACUCUUUCCUGGAUGAAACAAUGGGACUGCUAUGAGACGUAACGUACAAUGUUUUAGAAAUGCAUCUUUUAAAAAAAAUACCAAUAUAUUUUUGUUGGAAGAAAAAUAAGCACUGCUUAAGCAUAUAACGUAUCUUAUUUACAAAGAACGCACAUAUAUAUAGAAAAAUAUUAGUUUAUAUGUAUGGACAAUUUUAGAAGGAAAAGUGGCAUAUACAUAUUAAUUACAGCACUACUAUUGCACAGCUUUUUGUUGUAUGAGCACAGUCCUAUUUUAAAUUAAAUGCAAGGUUGUGCCUUAGCCAAUGCUGCUAUUACAAUACAGUAUACACUUUAUAAAGCUUAACAAAAAAAUGCUGCUAAAUAAUUGAAUAGAGAAUAAUAUUAUCGUUGCUAUACAUUGUCUCGUAUAUCACGUCACCAUUGCCAUUGGUAAAACACCACAAUAAUUACGCAUGUAGAACGUCGCAAUGUUACCAUUGUACAUGUAAUGUGGCGUCAAAUUGAAUCCCUUCACAAAUAAAAUCUUUCACUAUUCUGCAA